AUGGUGAGGUCGCUCCUCGCGGAGCAGCAGGCCGCCCAGGCCCCGGUGGCGCUCGGCAAGGCCGUGAACGUCUGUACGACAAACGCGCUGUCUCGGGCGGCCGUUGGGCGGCGGGUGUUGCUGCCACUGGCGCUGGUGAGGAGGGCGCGAGGGAGUUCAAGGCCAAGCUCCCCUACGCCGCCGCCGCCCAACUCCCCUGCCUGGAGCGCCGCCGCCCUCUCCCCUGCCCGCAGCGCUGCCGCCCAGCUCCCCUACGCCGCGCCCCACCCCUCUCCCCUCCGCCACACUCCUCUCCCCCGCGCCCUGCCCCUGUCGCCUGCGCCCCGCCCCGCCCCUCUCCCCUGCGCCACGCUCGCCUCCCGGCCACGCCCCGUCCCGGCACCCGACGUGGCAUUCGCGGUGGUGCGGGUUGGAACGGAUUGA